GUUGGGGAUUAUUAUCGACCAGUCAAAAGGAGCAUAGCAUGGCAACAGCCAUUGAAAGCGACGGAGAACAGCAGCAGCAGAUAAACCUGGAGACUGACAAGAUACAAGAGGAAAAGAGAAUGAUCUCUACUUUGCCUGGAGGGAUACAAAGCCUUGAGACUACAGCCGGAGGAGGAGGAAGGAGAAGCGGAGGGGGAACACACAACGGAUUGUCCUUCCAUGAUUUGUGCUGUACGUCUAGCACCAGCUGCAACAAUAGUACGCAUCAAAGGAGAGGAGUGGCUACUAAAGAAUGUAAUACUACGACAAUGGAAUCAACAGGAGGAGGUAAUGCUUUCAGUCAGGACUCACAGACCAGCUGCAGCUCCUCCUCUCCGAUGGUGCCUCUCCUCAGCGAGUACUACACUCACAUCAUUGCACUCCAGAGAGAAAUGGAGCAGCUGCCAGUACCAGCAAGAGACCUGAGGGCCUCGUUAGAAGAAGGAGAGUGUCUGAUUGGUAGUAAUGAGAAGCAGGUGCUCUUUAGGAAUAUAACUGGAGACGAUAAUCUGUCGAGUUUGUUCUCUUUUUUGCAAGACCAUUCCUCCUGGUACAAUCACUUCCUACUCUCCCACGUAGCUACACAACUCACUACUGUGGGGUCUUCGUGUCAGUCUCUCAUAAACCAGUACAAUAGUCUACUAGACCAGUACUCAGAGCAUAAGCUGUUGCUGUUACCAGCUGUAUCCACUGGCCCUCAGUGUCCUCAGGGCUUUGAAGAGUUACGUAUAUUCACAUCAAAACCAAGCAAGGGCUACACGCUGGGAGAUACCCUUAGCUUCCACGAGUUGUUGUCAACUGUACUUGGGAUUAGGAGAGAGUUUGCUUUGCUUCAAGGAGUGGUCAAGGAGUUUAAAAGAGGAGGAGGAGGAGGAAGAGAAGAAUCUGUUUUCCUCUUUUGGAUCCCCUCCUCUGUUGCCUCAGUCUGUCUCUCUACAGCAGCUGGUAAUGUGUACCAGUUAUCCAGCACUGGUAUUACAAGGAUUGAGGGAAAGUAUGGAGCUGCAGUAACACCUCCUGAUGGAGCAGCUGGAAUAAAAGAAAAGCUAUCUUUCAUACCGCCUUUCACCAGACGGUUUCAAACUGACAGUGGUUUUGGUGAAACCCAAGGAUCAGUGGAUAACCUCCUCUCCUCUCUCUCCUCUCCCUUUCCCUCUACCCUCAACCCCAGUGAUGACGAUGUCUUCAUUACUCCAAUAUAUUCUGAUACUUCUUCAUCAAACGCAGCCACUCACUACAGUAUUGAGACUAGUAACGUCAGUUCAAACAGCAGCAUCGAAAUAAAAUAUAAUAAUAAUAUUAAUGGUGCUACUUCAUGUGAGUCCAUUAAUUCUAUCACUGAUCUACGGGCUAGCUGCAGUACCCCUGUACUGUCUCCACCCCCAGGAUAUGAGGAUGAGUCAGAAUCAUCAUCAGAACUAUCAUCAUUAUCAGUUAGAGGUGAGGUGGGCGGGGAGGGUCGUCGUGGUGAAAAUGAUAACAAAGGUGUCAUCAAGAUAGGCCAGCAUACCCUUAAGGUGAUCGACUCUGAAAUAUUGAAUGAGUUGGACCGUCAGAACAGCAACCCACUGCCCUCGUUUGAUCAAGACACUGCGAGUACUCAAGAAGGUUCUUCAGUGAAGACUCCUAAGACUCCAGUGGCUAAGACCCUCAGUACGGAGAGUGCUUACGUUAAAAUGGGAUCAGCUCAGUCCCAUUAUGUUACUCAACCUCUCAAAGCACAAUUGAUAAAGACGUCAGAAGCCACGCCUACUCUUAAUUCACAGAGACAACCCAGAUUACAAGCCACACCCAUAAAACAAGCUCAAUACGUGAUAAUGCCAAAUAUGGAAGUACAUGGUUUUGCCAAGAGGGUCCUGCUCAGAAGUGAUGAAGCACAUCCAGCAAUGCUACACAUGAUCAGUAUAUCAACCAAGAGCAGUAAUAGAGGAGGCAAUGAUAUACUGACUGUCAGACCAGGACAGAAACUAUUAGCAAGAUACAUUAAAGAUGAGUACAUUAUUGCUACAGAUGUUGCUACUGGUCGGACUGGAAAGGUUCUUUAUUCAUCCGCGAGACUCUCAAGAUCUUAUUACGGAAACAAUUCAAAGAUGUCAUCUCUCUCCUACUCCUCCCUUUUCUCUCUCUCGACUCUAAAUAUCAAACAGAUCGUAGACAACCAAGACUCCUUUCGGCAAUUCCAGCCAAUCAAAAUUGACCUCAUUGUUAUUAAAGAUUACAUCUCACAAGACCGAGAUGAGAUGACGGUUACCAUUGGUAACAAGCUCCGCCUACUAUACGGGGACGAGAGAUGGAUAUAUGGUAGCAGUUUGACUGGCCAGACCGGUUUCAUUCCUCGCUCACACUGUAGACUAACGAGACAGAGCUUCAGCACACUCCAAAAGAGCGGCUGGUUGUAUUCCACUAACAUUCAGUUCCAGUCGGAUUAUAAGUUCAAUUCCUCUCUACCUCCUCCUCUUUCUCUCCUCGAGAAUCCAAACUUACCUCAACCAAGAAAGAAAGGAGAGAUAUGCUCGUUGCUAGGCAACUACACUAUGCCCGGUACACAGCAGCUCGUUAGAAAAGGUUGCAAUGUUAAGAUUAUUUAUUCUGAACUUGAGUCUCAUUAUUUUUACGUUGCUACAAUAAGUGGGCUUAGGUUCUGGGUCCCAGCAAAGUUUCUAACAGUUGCUGGAAAAAGUUUUGAAAUACCAAAGUAUCUGAGACGUUCGAGCGAAGACUUGAGAAUAAACACAGCGAGACUGAGACCGAAACCUCACACAAUAUCAGGGCAGGAGUACAGAGGAAAGAAAGUCUCUUUUGCUCUUCAAAAUCAAAUGACAAUAAUCACUAGCGCUCGCUCCUCACUCUGUCAGUCCAACCCUGAGCUCUCUCAAGAGCCCCAGUACAGUACCAUCGGACAAUCAGCCGCUAACGGAGGAUCCUCAGCAACUACUAAUAAUACUUUACCGUCAUUCUUUUAUUUCGAUGACAAUUCGCCAGCUGAUCACAAUUGUUGUAAGCUUUUUUGUUUUUAAAUUGACAGCAGCAGCUGCUUCAUAAAAUGUCGUUAUUACUUUAUAUAAUAAAGGUAUUGUACAAAUUGUAAUAUUUUAAUUCAUCAACUGUUCAGUCCUCACCUCUCUGUCAAA